AUGGAAGUCAUCAAGUCCCGUCGUCCAGCCCAGUCUCCAGAGAGAGAUCCCAACACCCAAUCCAACUAUUGGAACUUCACCCAGAUCAAGGCGUCGCUCCACCUCCAGGUCUUGUUCGACCAGAAGGUGGUUGACGGUGAGGUGGUGUACCAGUUGAAGGCUACUGCCGACGUGGCAGAGGCCGACUUCGACACCUCGUACUUGACCAUCCACCUGGCCACUGUGAAUGGCGCAGACGCCCAAUUCACCCUCCACCCCAGAAUCAACCCAUGGGGCAGCAAGUUGUCUAUCGCGUUGAACGCAAACGCGGGAGACGCCUUGGAGGUCAAGAUCCGCUUCUCCACCACCGACAAGUGCACCGCGUUGCAGUUCUUGGAUAAGGAAGUCACAGACAGCAAGAAGGCGCCUUACUUGUUCUGCCAAUGUCAAACAUGCCACGCCAGAAGUUUGUACCCCUGUUUCGAUACCCCAGCAGUAAAGAGUCCCUACUCGUUCAAGGCCACCUCGCCUCACUUCACGUUGAUGUCCGGUAUUCCCGGCAAGAUCGAGGGCAAUGACUACUACUUCGAGCAGCCCAUCCCCAUUCCUUCGUACUUGAUCUCCAUCGCAUCGGGAGACCUUACCAAGGCCCCAAUUGGCCCCAGAUCCGACGUUUACUGUGAACCGGUCAACAUCAAGGCCUGCCAAUGGGAAUUCGAAAAGGACAUGGAGAACUUUAUCCAGCUCGGUGAAAAGUUGGUGUUUGAAUACGAGUGGAAGAGAUUCGAUUCUUUGGUCAUGCCUAACAGUUUCCCAUACGGUGGAAUGGAAAUCCCAAACAUGUGCUCCUUGACUCCAACUUUGAUCUGCGGUGACAGAUCGCAAGUUGCUGUGAUGGCCCACGAAUUGGCCCACUCCUGGGCAGGUAACUUGGUCACAAACGCUUCUUGGGAACAUUACUGGUUGAACGAGGGCUGGUGUGUGUAUCUUGAAAGAAGAAUCGUCGAAGGUAUUGCCAUCGCCGAAGCCCGUGAAUCAGGUAGACCAGACCCAGAAGCUUAUGGUGCAUCCAUGAGAGCUUUCCACGCUAUUAUUGGUUUAGCAGAUUUGGAAAACAACAUCAAGGCCAUGGGUGACAAGGCCGCCGUCUGGACCUCACUUGUCCAAAAUUUGAAGGGUGGUGUUGACCCAGAUGACACGUUUUCAAAGGUUCCCUACGAGAAGGGCUCCAACUUCUUGUACCACAUUGAAUUGCAAGUCGGUGGUAAGGAAGUAUUUGACAAAUUCAUUCCUCACUACUACAAGAAGUUCAGAUACACAUCUCUUGACACCUACCAAUUCGUGGAUACCUUGUACGAUUUCUUCAGCGACAAACACGCUGAAUUAGAUGCAAUUGACUGGGAAGCUUGGCUCUACGGUUCUGGAAUGCCCCCAGUCAUUCCUGAUUAUGACACCACCUUAGUUGACCAAAGUUAUGCAUUGGCUGCAAGAUGGUACCAACAGAUCACCAAUGGGGAAGGUUUUAACUCCUUUUCCCAAACUGACGUUUCGGACUUCUCUACUGAUCAAUCGGUGGUGUUCCUUGAAACCUUAAUUGCAUACAACAAGAAGUCCGAUUUCGAUUGGAAGAAUCACACAGAUGCUUUGCAAGCCAUGGACAAAAUCUACUCCAACUACGAGGCAUCCAAAAAUGGUGAGAUUUGUGAAAGAUGGUACACUUUACAAGUUGCUAGCGGAAGCGAAAAGUACUUCAACAUUUUAGGAAACUGGUUGGGAACUGUCGGUAGAAUGAAGUACGUCAGACCAGGUUUCGUUGCAUUAGCCAAAAUGGACCACGACAGAGCAGUCGAGUUCUUCCGUAAGUAUGAGACCAUGUACCACCCUAUUUGCAGAAGCAUGGUUCAGAAGGAUUUAGGAUUAGUAUAA